AUGGUUCACUUCCCUACUGCAGCAUUGGCACUGGUGGCCAGUGUUCUGCCACACUUGUCACAUGCCUCGGGACUUAACACAGCUGCUGUUGCAGCUGGCAAAGUGUAUUUCGGAUCAGCUACCGACAACCCCGAGCUUACAGAUACUGCCUACGUCAAGCAGCUGAGCAAUACCGACGACUUUGGGCAAAUCACGCCCGGGAACUCUCAAAAGUGGGAUGCAACUGAACCAUCACAAAACGUCUUCACGUUUACUCAAGGAGACACGAUUGCCAACCUCGCUGAAGCCAACGGCCAGAAGCUCAGAUGUCACAACCUGGUCUGGCAUAGUCAGCUACCAAGCUGGGUCACUAGCGGAACGUGGACAAAUGCAACUCUGAUUGCAGUCAUGAAGAAUCAUAUCACCAAUUUGGUCACACAUUACAAAGGCCAAUGUUACGCAUGGGAUGUUGUUAACGAAGCUCUCAACGAUGACGGUACAUACCGCGAGAGUGUGUGGUAUGAGACCAUUGGCGAGGCCUACAUCCCCAUCGCAUUCGCCGCAGCCGCAGCCAUAGAUCCCAAUGUCAAACUCUACUACAACGACUACAAUAUUGAGUACUCUGGGCCGAAAUCGGCGGCUGCUCAAAAGAUUGUCAAAUUGGUCCAGUCGUACGGUGUCAAGAUCGACGGCGUCGGUCUGCAAUCCCACUUCAUCGUCGGUAGCACCCCUAGCAAGAGCGCUCAGGCUGCCAAUAUGGCGGCUUUCACUGCCUUGGGUGUCGAUGUGGCUAUCACCGAGUUGGAUAUUCGUAUGACUCUUCCCUCAACGAGUGCUCUCCUCUCCCAGCAGUCGACAGACUACGCCAACACUGUCGGUGCAUGCAUGGAGACAAAUCGUUGUGUCGGUAUCACUAUCUGGGACUGGACCGAUAAAUACUCUUGGGUCCCGAGUACCUUCCCCGGACAAGGUGCUGCAUGCCCUUGGGAUGAGAAUUUUGUGAAGAAGCCUGCCUAUACUGGCAUUUUGACUGCUGAGGGGAGUGGAGGGUCUACGACUAGUACUCAGACCACUGCCGCGGCCACCACUAUGACUACGACGACCUUGAAGACCACUACGAGCUCAACUACUACAACUUCCAGCUCCAGUGGCUCGACGGGUGUUGCCCAGCAUUGGGGCCAGUGUGGUGGUCUGAACUGGACUGGGCCAACAACUUGUGCUAGUGGGUACACUUGCACAUAUUCCAAUGCCUAUUACUCUCAGUGUUUGUGA